CAGUUCUAGUGCUCACGCUGCUAAUGUUCCGCUGUUAUCAGAGGGUUAGUUUCUAAAAUGUCCAAGAAUAAGCAGACAGCUGGACAUAAAGGGGCCUACAGUUCACAAAGGAAAAAAGAAGGAGAAGGAAGGAGCUGCAUACGGUACAGAUGUGGCCUCACCAACACUAUACAGGACGUCCUAAACCAGAGACCAGGCUGGGUAGAGGUGAAAGAUGAUGGCGACUGGGACUUUAACUGGUGUGAUGUUGGGUGGCUGAGAGAGAACUUUGAUCACUCAUACAUGGAGGAGCAUGUGCGGAUAUGUCACUUCCGUAACCAUUACGAGCUGACCCGUAAGAACCUAAUGGUAAAAAACCUGAAGAGGUACAGAAAAACUUUAGAGCGGGAAGCUGGGCGUUUAGAGGCGGCCAAAUGUGACUUUUUUCCCUGUACGUUUGUGCUGCCCAGUGAAUAUCACAUUUUUGUAGAAGAAUUUAAGAGAAGCCCAGGAAGCACCUGGAUCAUGAAGCCUGUAGCACGAUCUCAAGGGAAAGGAAUUUUUCUGUUUCGAAAACUCAAAGAUAUCAUAGAUUGGAAGAAGGAUGGGUCCCGCUCUGAAGAACAGAAAGAUGAGGCUCAAGUUGAGAGCUAUGUCGCUCAGCGCUACAUUGAGAAUCCCUACCUCAUAGCUGGGAGAAAAUUUGACUUGAGAGUCUAUGUUCUCGUCACAUCAUAUAUUCCGUUGAAGGCCUGGCUGUAUCGUGAUGGUUUUGCUCGAUUUUCCAACACCAGGUUCUCUCUUAGUAGCAUAGACGAUCAGUAUGUUCAUCUUACCAAUGUUGCAGUGCAAAAAACAGCUCCUGAUUAUGAUCCUGAAAAGGGUUGCAAGUGGCAGAUGCAGCAGCUACGACAGUAUCUGACUGCUAAGCAUGGCUUCGAGACAGUGCAGACUCUAUUUAAAGAAAUUGACAACAUAUUUAUUCGCAGCCUGCUUAGUGUUCAGAAGACCAUCAUCAAUGACAAACACUGUUUUGAGUUGUACGGUUAUGACAUACUACUGGACCAGGAUUUAAAGCCGUGGCUAAUUGAAGUGAACGCUUCACCAUCCCUCACAGCCAGCAGUCAGGAAGACUAUGACCUAAAAUACAGACUGCUAGAGGACACCCUCCACAUUGUAGACAUGGAAGGCCGCCUGACAGGCAAGGAGAAGAGGGUUGGCGGGUUUGACCUAAUGUGGAACGAUGGACCUGUCUACACGGAUGUCGGACUAGAGGCUCUGGGUAGUUCUUGCCUCGUGGCAAAUACAAAUCUCGGUUGUGUGAAUGAUGGUCAGAAACAGCUUCAACAGCUUUUAAAGCCUUUCCCAGGACAAAAAAGAACAUGACAACAUGCAGACUACAUCAAAUUAAAGCAUGACAAUCUCACAAAUGUUAUAAUAUGC